UUGGCGUGUAAGUGAACGCAGCAUUAGUUCUACUCUCCCCUUUGAAUGACGUACUUCCUGUUCAACAUGGCCGCGACCUUGUGUGUAACGUUACUACGAAACCAGGGAUGGCUGCCGCUGGUUCAAAGUGUCCGUCACGGCUCCAAAGCAGUGACCCGUCACAGGAAACCUCUUCAUAUCCUCAAACAGAAGCUCCUGGCCGUAACGGAGUACAUUCCUCCAGCUAGAGUCGUUCCACCGGGCGUCUAUCCGUCCCAAAACAAGCAGGUUCAGGAGGAAAAUGGGUUUGCUUUACUCUUGAAGAAGGACUUGAAUAAAGUGUUUGAGGAGUGCAGAAUGAUCGCUGUGGUUCAGAGAAACGCCAGCAGUGCUGAAGACAUGUUGGUUCUUAAACAUCGACUUUUCAAACACGGCAUUAGAAUCAAGUUCUUCCCAAACCAGGUGACGCGGUCAUUCCUGAUUGACUCUGUUUACAGCAACAUGGCUCCUCUGUUCAUCGGCCCCACAGUUCUCUUCGUAAGCAAAGAGCCAAAGGUGAAGGAGAUGCUGUCGGCUCUAAGGGCGAGCCCACAGAUGACGCUUUUGGGCGCAUGCAUCGAUAACACACUGCUUAGUGCCCAGGGCGUAGUGAGCUACUCCAAACUGCCCUCAAUGACUAUCGUUCAAGGCGAGCUCGUCAGCGGUUUCACGAUGCUAACCUCCCGCACUGCCUCAAUGCUGCAGCGACACCCGGCCCAUCUCUCCGCCGUGCUGCAGCAGUAUAUCAAACAGCAGAGCCCAGACAAAGACGCGGAGGUAGUUCCAAAAGCAGAGGAAGCCACAUAGAGCUUGAAUAGAAAAUCUGUGGACUUUUGCUGUGCAGCUCAACAGCCGGUUUGAAUGAGGUUGAACUGAAACGGAAGCAGCUUGGUACCAGACUUCGACGUGACGAUGCUGUUUGAGGUCUUCAACCUCAUGAUGGGAUUAAUGAAAGGACAGCGCUUCAGAAAUGUCAAUAUAAACCCUAAUUUUAGGGUUUCUGUAUAUAAAUAAAAUAUGUUUACUCAA